GACAAUUAUAACUGCUUGCUUCGCUCGUACUGAUUCUGAUAAUUUGGCAACCUAAACAACUUGCCCACUCAGCUGAGUAAGGUCCCAGUCAUCAUUUCCCCUACAUAUAACCAUCUACUUCAUAUUGGCAAAAGGAUGUCCGGAGGUGUGCUCCAACAGUCAUUAACAAGCGCUAGUGGUUUAGUGGCAUUAACCGUAAAAUGGAGCUAUUUGAUCUGACCUUUCUUAUGCAAAUAUUCGUUAAUGCAAUUCUUAUAAUGUUACUUGUGUAUCUUUUUGCUCGUCUAUUUGUUAGAAGCGGAGCAGCCGGCUGGCUGCAACCCGGCAGGUUAGACGAUUCGCGCAGUGCUAUUAGUCAUAUGAUUCAGGUAAGAUUAUAUGACUAAACUUUUUAAAAUAUGAGUCUUUCAAAUCUAUGGGUGGA